AUGCUCAAGGAAGAUCGGAUCUUUACAUGUAUAACAACUCCAAAUGAAAUAGAAUUAAAAAAUGACCUACAAAAAUCCUUAAACAAACAGAUUGAUGAUAUUUUCUGUGAUACCCUAAUGAUAAAAAAUGAAAAUGAGAAGGUAAAGGAUUUGUUGAAAGAUAAAAAUGCCAAACAAAUAAUGAAUUAUGUCAUAGAAUCAAUUGAAAAGACUAGAAUACAAAGGAAAUUUGAUAAGGUCAUUGAUUCUGUAAUUGGCACUCGAACCCUAUUAAAUGAAAAACAUGACUCAAUUAAGAAACUAUUCAGAUGUACCUAUGAUAAAGCAAACUCUUUCAAAGAAAGAGAUAAAUAUGGUCUAAUAGUAUCUAGGAUCUUAUUUGAGUACCGACUUAAAGAUAGAAAUUUACCAUUUCCAAAGGAAAGAUUUAAAAAGUUGCUGAUUAAAGAAAUAUAUAUCGUUGGUUCGAUAGCUAAUCGGUUAUGUGAUAUCUCGUAG